UUGCUAAGACGCUGUCACUUCGCGUCGCGCAUGCGUAGUGAAAAGUAUCAGUGUUUUUCCCGCUUUAAAAAUACAUGACAUUAAAGACGUAUUUUAAAUAAAAAGUGCAUAGUUGUUUAGUUACUUUUUAUAUAAUAACUUUAAUAGUUGACUGUGGAAUUUCUGAAGAAACUGGAUUAUCUUAUUAUAAUUUAAAUGUUUGUAUAGGUAUAUGAGUCUUCUGUUUAUGAUUACGUGUUUGUGGUCGGUGGAAUCCAGUUGGAGCUUCAUGGACCUGAAAUGUCUUGACAGUAAUGACAUGUGACAGCUGACAGGUGACAGUUGAUAACCAAGAUGGCGUCGGUAGUGACAUUAGCGGUGUUAGUGUGUGUUAGUUGUGUGUUGGUGUGCGUGUAUGGACACGUCGCGUUAACUUUCCCGCCAGCCAGGAAAUACGAUUUGGACUUUUUGGAUAACUCCAGAACUAAACCGCCGUGUGGAAUGCCCAAAGGUUCCAUCAGGACAUCGUUCUUAGCUGGAUCAACAUUUACAGUACAUUGGCAUCUAGCGUAUGCGCAUCGAGGCGGUUUUAGUUUAAGAAUACUCGAUUACCUGGAGCGGCCGUUAUUAGACUUGACGCCUAGAGCCGGCGGAUCAGAGUUCGUGAGGGAUGACGUCACCGCCCAGAAGUACGAGGUCCACCUCCCGUCAGACUUCACGUGUGACAACUGCACCCUCCAGCUACAACGCGAGGCCGGCGAGUGGGGACAGAACUAUAGGUUCUGGUCCUGCGCGGACAUCGAUAUAGUCACCCGUAAGACGUACCAUGAGACGUGUUCGUCCCGCGGAUUCCACAUCCUGUCUCGCUGUAAGUGUAACAGACUUUACUCGGGAGAUCGCUGUCAGUACUCCAAUGAAUGUCUCGAGGACGGGGACUGCGGUCUGCGGGGGCGCUGCGUGAGGCCUGCGGGGCACUCGGCCGCACCCGGGCCUGGCGCUCCCGGUGCCGGGCCUCGGUCGGGUCCGCUGGCCAGCAAGGACGCCAACGAAGGAGGCGGCGUCUGUUACUGCGCCUUCGGAUUCUACGGCAAGGGCUGUAGCAAGAAAGCACCGUGGAAGGACAAGAAUAUCAACUUGGAGUUGUACACCAAGAAACAGCUGUCCAAAGAUUUCGCUUUGUACUGGAGGGUGCUGAAGGAGGAGGGGGAGAUGGAGGUCGCUAUGAUAGUUAACGGAACCUCAUACGCUGGCAUCGGAUGGAGACCGAAGGGAUUGAAGAAGGAAUGCAAAAACUUCCCCGUCUUAGGACCACCUAUGGAGAAUCAAAGCACACCGGCUCCCGAACCGCUUCCUAAACCAGAACCCAAAUCCGAACCUGAGGCAGUACCAGAGCCGAAAUCGGAACCAGAACCGACACCGGAACCGAAAUCCGAACAGGAACCGACUCCAGAACCAAAAGCAGAACCGGAACCGACACCUGAACCAAAAGCAGAACCGGAACCAGAACCUAGUGCGGAACCUGAACCGGUCGCCGAAGAUACGAAUGUACCAGAAAAUGACAACAGAAACAAAAGAGUCGCCAUGCACACAUUAGAUGGUUUCGACUUCAAAAACCUAGGAAAUGACGUCACUUACAAAACCAGUGUAUCUUUCAAAGUGUCGACUUCAAAAGGUCGUAAAAAGAGAGACGUGGAAUCCGACAAACCAGAUGUGGAAACAUCGAUUGACCAUUCCCUAAGUUCCGAACCAAAGUUACAGCCAAAGCUUAAAUCUAAGACCCAACCCAAAAAUAAAGUAAACAAGUCCCCUACAGAAUCACCCGUAGAUAUGUAUGAGUUAGAACCCUCCCCUGAACCUACAUCCGAACCAGAAUCUUCCCCUGAACCCUCAUCUGAACCAGAACCCUCCCCUGAACCCACAUCUGAACCAGAACCCUCCCCUGAACCCACAUCUGAACCUGAACCAAGUCCUGAACCUAAUUCCGAACCUGAACCUUUAUCUGAAAAAAGUUCAGAAAAAAAAGUUGGUCGACAAUCAAAAUACUAUUUCGAUAGGGACUCAAAAUCUCAACCAGAACCAUCUCCUGAACCUAAAUCCGAGCCCGAACCAUCCCCCGAACCUAAAUCUGUACCCGAACCUUCCCCCGAACCUAAAUCCGAGCCCGAACCAUCCCCGGAACCUAAAUCUGUACCCGAACCUUCCCCCGAACCUAAAUCUGAGCCCGAACCAUCCCCGGAACCUAAAUCUGUACCCGAACCUUCCCCCGAACCUAAAUCUGAGCCCGAACCAUCCCCGGAACCUAAAUCUGUACCCGAACCUUCCCCCGAACCUAAAUCUGAGCCCGAACCAUCCCCGGAACCUAAAUCUGUACCCGAACCUAAAUCCGAGCCCGAACCAUCCCCGGAACCAAAAUCAGAACCCGAACCAUCUUCUGAACCUAAAUCCGAACCCGAACCAUCCCCCGAACCAAAAUCAGAACCCGAACCAUCUCCUGAACCUAAAUCCGAACCCGAACCAUCUCCCGAACCCAAUGCUGAAGAUCCCGAGACUCUGCUAGUGAAAGGACUCCAAGAAGACACAGGUUACUUCCCCUCACACGAGUUCGCCCCCAAAUUCGAUUUCAACCCCAUGGACUGUACCGACAUAGUCAUAGGAUCAGCUAAAGGGAAUUACCACCGGGUCAUGGAUUACUAUACGAGAGACAGGUCGACCCCACGCGUGGAUAAAUUUUGGGGGGGGAAAGAUGACGUCACCAGCGCCUCAGGGUACGAAGAAAAUGGCGUCACAACGAUACUGUUCAGAAAGAAGAUUAAGGCGACUGAGCCGAGCGAUCACUCUAUAGUGGACGACCUGAUGCAUGUCAUUUGGGCUCGCGGCCAGGAGUAUGGCCCCCUGCAAGGAAAAGGCCAGGACAACGUCACCAGAAACUUCUACGGCCCCGACGACCUCAAGUACCACGGACACGGAGCACAGAGGGGGGUCGCUACUAUUAACUUCUUCGAUGAACAAAAGUCGAGUCAAACAAGCGGCGUGCUGUCCCUCGAGGACGAUAAGUGUGGUGGUCAAUGGAGGUAUCCCAGUAACUGCAACAAUACUGUGAACAACACGUGCUCCUACACGGCGAGGUGGGAGUACCUGGGAGAGAAGAGAGGCAAGGACAGUGUGCGCUUCACCAUCACCACCAGGCAGAGCAAGCUGUGGACGGGCAUAGGGUUCAGCAACGACAAGAAAAUGUCUCAAUCUGAUGCGGUCGUCGGCUGGGUGGACUCGCGCUCCAACCGACCGGUGAUGAGAGACGUCUGGCUCAGCGGGUACAAAGCACCCGCCGCAGACAACAGGCAGGACGUAACACAGAUCAGCGGCUCGCUGGUAGACGGCGUCACCACACUCAGCUUUGUUAGGAAGAGAGACACCGGCGACGGCAAGGACCUUCCGUUCACUAACACCAAAUGCCUGUACAUGAUGUUCGUCGUGGCGGGGGGUAACUUCGACCCCACCAACAAGAGGAUGAGCAAGCACACGGACACCCCGCUGGUCACGGAAGAGAGAGUCUGCAUUAAACCCUGCGGCCCAGAACCGGAGGAGGAUCCGUUCACGACCCUCCCUCCCCCUCCCCCGGGGUCCCGCUCGUACUCCCUCCUCAUGAAGAUCACGGGGCUCGGAGACAGCUAUAGGACGCCCGCGGUAGGGACGGCGGAGUACGACGACCUCAAGACCAAGAUAACGAAUGGCUUCGACACUACUAUGAGCGGGGUCAAGGGUUACCAAGGGAUCGCCAUCAACGGGUUUAUGCAAAACGAGACAAAAUCUAUCAUCGCCGAUAUAACUUUCAACACGAUAGAGAUAGAAGAUAAGACCGCCUCGCUCACACCUGAAGGAAACGACACGGACAUAGAGAGAGAUGAGGAGAGAGACGAGGAGAUAGACAGAGAUAUAGAUAGAGAGAAGUGGUAUAGGGCUAUAAAGGACACGCUGGCUGAAGGAAAAGUCGGCAACCUGAUUGUAGACCCGGAGUUCCUGGUGUUCCAACAAGUUAUCACGUCGCCCUCCUCCCCCGCUCCCCCCUCCGCCUCCUCGCCUCCCCCCCGCCUAUGGCUGGUCGCGGGCUGUGUGUGUCUGUUGGCGGCGCUGGCGGCGUUACAAGCGGCCUGCACACUCGCCACUACUAGGAGGAAGGACCGCCUGAUGCCGACACAGGCGUGGAAGGAGUACGCCUCCGCCAACACUAACUACGCCUUCGAACCCUUCGAGAACGAUGACAAAUAUAACACGACCUCCCGCCCCCCCACCAGACCCACCUCGCCCCCUCCCCCACGACCCACAGCGACCCCCAAACCACACAAGGUGACCCCCAACGGACAUGUGAACGGCCACAACACGACCCCCAGAAACGGACAACAUAAACCAUAUAACAGCAAUCAUAAUGGCCAAAACGGUCAUAACGGCCAUAAUGUCCAUAACGGUCAUAAUGGAAAUAACCACAGCGGACAUGACGUCAUUGACGGCUACAACAGAAGCGGCAGGAAGUACUCCCCCGGCAGACGGACCCCCUCCCAGUACUACCCUGAGACCAGGUCGCUGCAGAGACCUAGGAACCAAUACGGCCGCACGUCAGCCGGCAGCACCCUCUCCCUGCCGCGGGGGUCUGAAGGGCCCAGUGACUUCUACUUCAUGCCCUCACAGAGGAAACACGAAGAUUUCUGAGGGCUCCGCGGACCGUCUCGCGUUACCGGUGCUUGUAUAUUAAGCUCAAUUCUUCAUAUCCUUUAAUUCCAAACCGUAUCUAGUCUGACGUCACAGUUUUAAUAUAAGUUAUACUUCCCCGCCACCCGCCGACAGAUGGCGCUGACGAUUUAUAUAGCUGUACAUUGCAAGGAUUACAAAUUAUUUACCUUUUUUUUUUUGGAAUUUUAUAUGUGUAAGUAUAAAAAUUUAACCCCUCACUGACAUCACUCAGCGAUAGGAUAUUUAAUUUAAUGAAUAAUAGAUUUUAUUAUAAGUUUACAAACAAUAUGUCUACUUGUUUACUUUGUAUGCGUUAACAUGAAGUAUGUUAAUAGAGACGAGUGAUGACGUCGCGUGCUAUGAACUUAAUAAGAAAAAUUACUUUGUAAAUAAUAAAUAAUUAACUGUAGGAUGUAUUGUAAUGUAUAUUUUUAACACGAGUAUUAAAUGUAACGAGUAAUCACCAAAUGUACGAUAAUAAAUGAAAAGUCUAUAAGUUUUAA